UUUAGUACUGGCAGUGAACAGUGAAAGCCCUUGCACAAUGCUAGGCAACAGACAAUAAGAAAAAAAUAUCUAUUCUCUGCUCCUAUUGGAGAAUAUUUUCUAUUCUGCGUAUUUAUUGGUAAAAAUUUCUAUAUCCUAUUCCUGUUGUCUAGCAAGGGUUUUGAAUAUCGAAAUUCGGAACAGCACAUGCUGUUGCCUUUGUACCUUUGUACAGCGUGCAUCGUGGUAUCAUCAGGUAUCAUAUACUAGGAGUUGUACCAAGAAGAAAAUAAAAAUGAAUAAUAUAGAUGCUAUUAUUCCGAAAAGAGAAAUGGUUACUAUGCAUAUGGUCGUUCAGCAAAGAAAAAUUUUUUAUAAGCAUUUAGCUCCAUAUAAAUUUCUAUAUAAGGGUCUUGUAUUUGAGCCUAUAAGAGAUUCGUUUACUUGUCUAACAUGCCAUAUAAUACUUGCAAAUUUGGAUGCGCACAAAAUGCAUUACGAUUCUGAAUGGCAUAGAUAUAAUCUGCAUAGGAAGGUGAGCGAGUUACCUGCAAUUUCAUUGGAAGAGUUCCAGAAUAAAAACAUUGCUUAUAACAAAUACAAUGCAAACGAAACCAAGACAAAGCAAAAACAGUAUUGUAAAAUUUGUCGAAAAAAAUUUAACAAUGAAAAGCAAUACAAUAAUCAUAUUGUAUCAAAGAAUCAUAAAAAGAAAAUGGAAGAAAGAGAUAAAGAUACAGUUUCUAGUGAAAAUUCAACAAACACAGAGAAUGAAAUACAAGUCGAUACAGAUUCGGAUGUAGAGUCUUUGAAUUCAAAUGAAUGGCUUGAUGACUUAGAAAAUCCUAUUGAGCGCAAUGAUUGCUUGUUUUGUGAUCAUCAUAGUAGAUCUGUAACACGUAAUUUAAAACACAUGAUGGUGAAACACUCAUUCUUUUUACCUGACCUUGAAUACUGUAUUGACCAAAAAGGUUUAUUACUAUAUUUAGGCCAGAAAAUAUACAGCGAGUACAAAUGUAUCUGGUGCAACAAUUCAGGAAGAGAAUUACAAAGCGUAGAAGCAGUGAGGUCACAUAUGAUUGAUAAGGGCCAUUGCAUGAUGUUGUAUGAAGGAGAAACGCUACUUGAAUAUAUGCAGUUCUAUGAUUAUUCAUCCAGCUAUCCAGAUGCUAAAGAUGUCGAUCCAGAUACGGAACCGCCGAAACGGUCAGCAGUUUUGGAUGAUGAAGGUUACGAAUUGAAAUUACCAUCCGGCAAGAUAGUAGGCCAUCGUGCCUUAGUGCGCUAUUAUAAGCAAAAUCUGAGCCUCGAACCAGUCACAAAAACUAAGAAUAGCGAAGACAAAUUACACAAGUUAUUGCUACAGUACAAAGCACUCGGCGAUUCGGAAAUGCAGGUGGAAGCUACCCAGAGAAGAAUUCGGGAUGUUCGAUACUUGCAGAGAGUCCAAACAAAGUAUUCAACACAACUGCAAUUCAAGCAAAACAAAUUGCAAAAACAUUUUAGGAGACAAACAAACUUCUAGAUUCAUUAAUUCAUCAUUAUUUGCAUUAUCGAAAUAAUAUCUUUUUUAGAAACUCUAAUGCAUAUUUUGGCCCCUAAAAAAAAGAAAGAAGAGAGAAUACAUUUCUUUAUUGUAUAUCAGAUAUGUUCUGCGAAUUAUUAAAAAUGUUCUAGACAUAUUUUAACAACAAGUUACAAGAUCGAUGUAAAAAACAAUGAAAUAAAAUCCAAUUUGAUGGAACUAAA